GAGCCAACGAAAUUAAACAUUAAAAAAAGACAAGGUACAAAUUCAGUGGAAAGAAUAUCUUGUUUGUUUUUUAAUUUAAACAUUUUUGUGCUUUCAUUCCACUUUUCCGAGGGGUACAAAUUCUGUAAUAAUUGUUUUUAGAUUAAGUACACACCAUCACACCUAUUCAAUCAGCUGAUCGAGAAUAACAAAGUUCACAAUCGACUUGCAUUUUUCUUUCAUCGAAACAAUUGAUCUUUUGAUUUUUUUAUUUUGUUCGUCAAUAAGUUUUUAACAAGCAUCGGCGAUAAUAUGGGAAAGAAACCACGAGCAAAACUACGGUAUGGAAGUCAUAUAAAACAGUACAUGCACAAUUUGGAACAUCAGCCAAGAAAAGCACUUAUCAAAGCUGCUCCUCUUGAGCUUGAAGUUAAAAAACCAUCACCUGAAGCGAAGCCACGAAAUCCCGCGGCUUACCCGUGGCGUUAUACAGGCCAAGCAAAAGGUCGUAUUUUCAAGGACAUUGAUCCUGUGCCAUUUGAUCGUAAGAUUGAUGUGCCCUUUGGAGUAUGCUUUAAUUGUUGGCAGUAUACCCAUCAGCAGGCAAAUUGUCCGAAACCCACUCUCGACGACCAUUGCCAAAAUUGCGGACGCAUUGGUGUUCAAGUCAGCACCUGUCCUCGCUGUCGUAGAGCUUAUCUUCUCUAUCGUAAAAAAAGCAAGAUUCAGCAGGUCAAUGAUGACGUUAAGUCAUCUAAGGUAAAAAAGAAUGUGAAAAAUCAAAAGAAAAUUGAAACGUCACAGCAAAAUGAUACAUCUUCGGCUGAAUUACCAACCAGAGAAGAUGAGUAUUUGCUGUGUAAUGAACGUUUGUCAGAUUCAGAAGAUGAGUAUGACGACUUAAGCAAGAUAAUUGUAGAUGAAAGUAUAAAAUCUGCUGUAAUAACUGAUGAUUUUUUAGAAAAUUUUUUGAAUUUGAUCAAUGCUAUGCAAUAUCUCCCAAUUGAUAAGAAGAAUGAUAUUGCUCAAAAAUACCUCACUGAACAUCGUAGAAAACUUAGACAAGAAACCUUCGAUAAAUAAAUUAAUGGCUAUAGUUCAGUAAUUUUUAUUCCUCAAAAGUGAAAAAGUUUAGUUUCAUACAGUAAUUUUUAAAAUUACCUUUCAAGUUAUUAUAUUUUAACUUUAAUUUUUUUUAAAUAUAUGUUCAAAUUUUUUAAGUUACAUUGAAAUAUCUAACUAAACAUAGAUUGUUACGUCUAGAUUUUGUCAAGUAUUAAUAAAAUGUUUAUAAUUAUCAGAGAAUAUUUAAAUCAUUGACAUAUAAUGUAAUCACGUUGGAGAUAAGAUAUUAAUUAUUUUGUUAUGUUAAUUAAAAUUGAGUGUAGGUUGAAUUUAUGUUUUAAAUUUUCCAAAUAUUUCUCAUAAAUAGACUACAACUAAUGUUACUUAAUUUUUAUCUCAAACAUAUUGACAAAAUUGUAGACUAACAUCCUUACAUAUAAAAUUAUAUUAAGUACAAUUUUGUAAAAUUCAGCUUUGAGAUUUUAUUUAUUCUCGUUACAUGUAAUUCCAUUUGUUUAAGUUAGCAGUAAAAAAAGUCUGUUAUAUAUUAUUGAAUAAGCUAAACGAAAUUACUAAUUAAGAAGCCUUGAAUGCAUAUAAUAAAUAUUUGAAGAUUUAUGAACAAUUGAAAUUCAAUGUAGUUAUUAUCACUAUCAGCCAAAUCUUGUCUUGUGAGAAGAAAAUACUUGAUAUGCAUGUCUUCAAAAUUUGUUUCAUGACACAUUAAUUGUAAAAGUGAAAUAAAAAGAAUUAGACUAGCGAUAACCAUCUACAUAGAUUGUAGGUUUAUAUUAUCAAUCAAUUAUUCUUAGUUGAGGCUGUGUUCGGUUAAUGGGGGCAUUAUGGACAGAAAACAACUUUUGAAUUUUUGUUAACAAAAUUGUUAACCUCUUCAAGUUAUACAAUAAAGUUUCUGAUAAGGUUAACAAAUUUAUUUAUUUUUAACCAAAUGUUUAAAGUGGUUUUCUUUACGUAUUGCAUCCACUGAUUAAGCUUUAACUAAAAUAAAACUAUGGUAAGCAAGAACAAUGAUCAAAGAAAUGAAUCAAAUAUCAAAUCAAACCAAAUGGUUAUUAACAGAACAUUUAAUGUCGAUGUAAUUGCCUUUAUGCUGUAUUUUUCAAUAGACAAGGAUUAUUAAAAAUGAGUAAAAGUAAUCAAUACUAAAGACAAUAACUAUAAUAAUAGUCAUAUAAUAAAAAAAUUAAAAACUCAAAAAUGACUGAUGAUACUUAUAAUAAUAAUAAUCUCCAGUUUUUCAAAACUAUUGUUGCAUAAAAUAAAAACUGAAUAACUUUAAAAUGUCGCAACUUCAUUGAAAAUUAAACAUACGAAUUUUCUAG